AUGUUUUCAAGAAUCAAGACCUGCUCAGCGUUCAUUUGCAUCCUUUUUUCGGGCGCGCAAAGUCUGACAACUACCGAAAUCUCUCGCCGUCACCUCUUGAAGACAACCGUUGCAUCAGGUGUUGCAUCUUUUGUCGUCGGAGUCAGUGAUGCGUCAGCAUACCCAAGAAGAGAUGUAGGCGACCCUGCAACCCGUUCCGCUGCUACAACAGCCAUGAAUGAUCAGGCUUUCAAAACAAAUAAUCGUCUUGAGCAACAGGGAUUCAAACUAGACACUGCCGAAGAAGAACAGGCUCGCUUGAGUAGCGCUAUGGCUAGUUUUUCCUACGAUGACGCAAAUUCUAAGAAGAAGAAGUCAGGUUCCAAGAAAGGAAGCGAUGGAAAGAAGUAG